AUGACGAUACCAAAGCUAGAAUUACUAGCUAUUCUCAUCGGUGUACGCGCAGCUCAGUUUGUCAUCAAACAAAUGCAAUUAGAAAAUCCAAAGGAUCGAUACCAAUUAGAACAUAAAUCUCCAAGAAAUGUAGAAAAGAGACGGCCGAUAGAAGGAGAAGUGGUACUGUUAGAUGAGCCUCAUGCACCACGUGGUACAUGGAAACUAGCAAGGAUAAAGAAAUUAAACGUAGCCAAUGAUGGGUACGUCAGGAGCGCUCAGAUCGAAACAUCGUCAGGAAAACUUCUAAAUCGACCUGUAAGCACGUUGUAUCCACUUGAAGUUACUCCAGAAGAACAGUCUACUCCGGAGAACCCCGCGAACCCAUCAGAGAGAGCAGAACCAAUUAUCCAAAACCGAAACACCACAACUAACACGAAGAUUUCGAGUGAAAGUGGUGAGGAGCAACCUAUUGCUCAUCGAACACGGAGCCAGACAAAUUUACAAAAAAGGGAGAAGUCAAAUUUCGUUUUAACCAACUUACUGCUAACAGUAGCAAUAUCGAUAAUUCUACAAGCAGCAGAAACGAAGGAAUGCAAAUGGACAUCAGGUGUUGAGAAUCACAAUGUUUUAUCCUAUAAACCCCAAAUCUAUCCAUUAGAACACUUUUCGCUCUUCCCUCGGGAGUGUCGAGAACAAGCUCGAAAUUCCACUAGAAAUAAUCUUUGUACCGAACAAUCGAAUUUAGCAAAAGGUCAAAUUUAA